AUGUAUACAGAAUUAGAAAAACAAGUUCAAGACAUGAAAAGACUGUUUGUUGAAAAAGAUGAGGAAAUAAAGCGAUUAAAUGAUCUUUUCUGUGAAAAACUCGAUGAACUCGACGAAGUUGUGCCCAAAAUUAUUCAUGAUGACAAAGCUAUUUUGUUAAAUCAUAACAUGAUGUAG